GUGAUUAAGGCACCCACUGUGAGCGCUUGUCUUCUAUUUAAUGGAGGGUCUCUCUGCCCAGGGGGAGUCAGAGCCCUGUCUGGACCAGCAGAAGGAUGGCAGAGAAUCUGGGGCUGGGCUUCGGGGAAACGGCCAGUGUGGAAAUGCUGCCCGAGGAAGGCAGCUGCACGCCCAAAGCCAGAGCCAGGCUGGCAGCCAGGAGCAGCGCACACUGGGCCCUCACCUGCUGCCUGGUGUCGCUCCCCAUCCUGGCAGGACUUACCACCUACCUACUCGUGGGCCAGCUCCGGGCCCAAGGAGAUGCCUGUGUGUUCCAGACUUCAAAAGGACUAGAGUUUGGAUCUUCACAUCAGCGAGCUUAUGCAUCUACCGGAGCUGGUGGAGAUAAGCCAAGGGCACAUCUGACAGUUGUCAGACAAAGUCCCAUGCAGUCCUUGAAAAAUCAGUUUCCGGCUCUGCACUGGGAACAUGAACUCGGCUUGGCCUUUACCAAGAACCGGAUGAACUAUACAAAUAAAUUCCUGGUGAUCCCAGAGUCGGGAGACUACUUUGUUUACUCCCAGGUCACGUUCCGGGGAACCACAUCUGAGUGUGGUGAAAUCCGCCAAGGGAGCCGACCGAACAAGCCAGACUCCAUCAUCGUAGUCAUUACCAAGGUAACAGACAGCUACCCCGAGCCGACCCAGCUCCUAAUGGGGACCAAGUCAGUGUGCGAAGUAGGCAGCAACUGGUUCCAACCCAUCUACCUAGGGGCCAUGUUCUCCUUGCAGGAAGGGGACAAGCUGAUGGUGAACGUCAGUGACAUCUCUUUGGUGGAUUACACAAAAGAAGAUAAAACUUUCUUUGGAGCCUUCUUGCUGUAGGGGUGAGGCGAGCAUACUUGUGUGAAGGUCCUCUGCCUCCUAGUUCUUAAUUCUCCUUCACUCAUAUGCAAUUAUAACAAGGUUUUUCUUUUUGUUUUUGUUUUGAAGCAUUCCACAGAAACAGUGGCUUAGCUAUGAAAUUUGAAGCCCGAAAUUUCAUACUGUAUAUGCCUUACUGAUGAGAAUCUUAACCAGAAAACAAUAGAACAGAGCUGACAUAUGACUGUGGUUGCUUGGAAAAGGGGUGAAUUUCUAAACACUGAGACAUGACCACCAAAUGAAUGGAGGUCUACUCGGAACAUUUCCACCCCAUUCAUACCACACACUGGUCACCAGUCGGCCCAGUUAUUAUGGGAGUUGAUCAUGAAACAUUUGCUUCAGUUCAGGAACCUUUGAUGAACAUCCAAAGCCCUAGAAAACUGUGUAAACCCUAGGGCCAAAUCCUUCAACAGUUUCUCCAAACACAUACUUUAAAUCCUUGUCUUAAAAAAAAAUGAGAAGAGAGCUGGUAUUUCUCAUGAACAUUCAAAAGGAAGGAAGGAAGGAAGGAAAAAAUUGAUUUUCAUGCCAUCUAUGGCAAAUGAGAAAAGCAACCCCUCCUUUUAUUAUGUACACAGGCAUGAAAAUAAACAAGUGUGAGUUCCACGUGCAUAUCAAAUAUACAACAAUAGCAUUUACUCAACACAGUUUUCUUGAGCACUACCUUAACCCAGAAGAUACUAUGAGGAAUAAGACAGACUAUUCAAAACUUGAAUGAAUUCCACUCCGUGGUUCCUGAUUAAAUAUCAUUCAACGUCCUCCAAGUCCUAAAACAAUAUCUCAUCUGACACUAGUAUGUAAGAUUUCUGAAGCUCUCCGGACUGUGUAAGAUAUCCAGCUGAUUAGGUCAUUCAAGAAACUCUAGCCAACUAGACCGGCUCUUCAACAAACCAGAUCGAUGCCCAGAGACAGCAGACUCAUUCUCUGGUAGGUGGGUGCGGGGGGACAGUCAAUCACCAGAUCUAGAGAAAUUAACUUAGAUCGGCUUCGAGGUGUGACUCACAAUUUUAUCAGGGUAUUUUUCUCUUAAAAUCUUCAAGGGAUUUCAAUAUGGGCUGAGCUAAUCAGCCCAGCCAAAACUUCUCCCCUGGAGGAAAGGCAGGACAUUAAGAAGGUCCCUCCUGCCUGUCAGUGACUUCUACUCUCUGAUCUGUAUGAUUUUCCUGCACUGAUAUGCCAAGGGUAGGAGGGGCAUCUCGGCUCUUCACCUCAGUUGAUUCGUCUAUAAAGUAGGAAUCCACCAAUUUGUUCCCAGGAUCAAAUGAGCUCAUGGGGGAGGAAACACGUCCACUCCGAGCAUUCCGUGCAGUCAAAGAGCAUGUCAGUAUGACAUGGGCCAUGACCUCCAGCAUGCUGGCCCCUAUUGUCAACACUACCCAUUGCAGGAGACCUUCAUGAACGGGUCUAAAAACCAACUGGGCACCCAGAUCACUCUAACGCUUGUUGCCAGGAGACUACAGAGGCAUGAAGGUGUGUGAUGGGGCUUCUGAGCAGGAUGAUUUGUGUUGCGGUACUUAAUCGAUAUUUGUUGAGUUAUAUAAAAUAAAAAUUGAUUUCUGGCUUCUCAGUGAGAUUAGGGCUCUCGAGCCUUCUCAGCACAGUGAGCCCAGGGCUCUGCAGGAGCAGAGAGAAGGGUGUGGUGACCUCCACCUGAUUCAGAAGAGUCUCCAUAAAGGAAGUGAAGCCUGAACCCAUCCUGAAAGAGGGUGGGUGGACAACAGAUGGUCUCGGGGAAAGGGCAUCUGAGACGGAGGAAUUACCCUUUACUUAAAGCAGAAAGGAAAGGUUUCUCAGUAACUAUAAAACCAGCUUGAUAAGACAAUGCUCCUUCGACCUACUCCUAGAACAAUGUUUGCUGGCAGAUUGGGAUAAUUUUUAUCAACAACUCCAGGGUACCUCCAGGAUCACAACUCCCAUCCCGUGGAGAACAUAAAAUGGUCUGGCUGUGUUUGCCUGUGUCCUAAAUGUGGGGUGCAGGACAAGAUGUGCAUGGAAGAGUCCAGAGUGACCCCACUCACCUUCUUCUCCACUACAAGGAACUCUGGUAACCAAGGGUCUUCAGACCCACCCACUGCACCUAUGGAGAUCUGGCGGAUUUGGAAGUUCAUCCAAGAAACAGAAGUUUCCUGCUAUCCUAAAAGACUCGACCACUUGCGGAAACUCUGUCACUUCUUUAUUUUGGUCCCGUCAUAAGCUGGUUUAUUGAAAGGUGUGUUGUGCUGAAGUGAUCCCAGCUAAAUUUGUUAAAUCCUUAUAUCUUGUACCAUUCAGAAAGGGCCAGCCAAGCAUUUCCAAUAGGACUCGAGUCAAAACUUCUGUUUGCUAGGCAUUCUCUCUGUGGCCAAAGUUAGUGCACUAGUUUUUAAAAAUGAGGCGAGAGAAUGCUUGAGAACAUGCUGGUCUCCUAAGAGGAGUAAAUGAGAUGCAGUCAAAGACAAGGCAAGGGAAGAAGGAGCAGCCUAUGUGCUUCAGAAAAUAGUUAAUUUGGGGGGAAAAUGCUCUGCUGGUCCAGUGUGUCUCAAAAGGCUGAAUUCCAAUCAAUUCCACAUUUACUGAAUGUCUACUCGCUCUGGGGACACAGAGAAAUUAUUUUAGUCUCAGACGGGUUCAUUCUAACUGCUCAGCCCCUCCAUGGUCUGCAGACCCUUUCAUUUAUAUGGGUAGUAUUAGCUAAAUAAUUAGCCAACUUUAGGCAUGUGGGUAUUUUCUCAUUAGGAAAAUGAGUGCCAUCUGAUGAAGGGUGAUCAUUAACAAAAUGAUUUGUGUCUAUGCUAAGUGGUUUUUCACAUAGCUGCUCAUAGAGUUUUCCAUUAAUAAAAGGGGAUACGAUAAAGAGAGUGUUUCCUAGAGUAGAAUCCAUCAUUUAAGCCAUAAGUGCAGAUAGGUUAUCAUCUCCUGGACUUGAGUCUGGCCCUCAACACCCUGAGAACCUGUGGAUGAGCCAAGAAAAGAUGAGAAUCUGAGAAAUGUUCUGAAAAGCCCAUGUGCCUUCAGAAAAUGCAGGAACCGUGUUCAAAAUGCAGGGGGUACUCGCAUUUUGACCCUAGCCCAGUUUAGAUCUAUUUGGCAGAACUUCAUGGCUUGCUUUAGCUACGAAAAGUCCUAAAUGUUUUGACUUGGGUACAGUAGGACUUUCACAUCCUGAAAAUGUCUGGUUCCGUUCAACAACAGGGCAGACCGGGUCCCUUGGCUCCAGUUCAGCCUAAGCUACGUCACCCCAGAGGAAGUUCCACCUCCGCACUUGUCAGUAACCCCUCUGGAUUAUAAAAGUUUGGCUAGCUUACUGUGCACGAGGCACGGCCCUUGCCAACAUUCUCUUGCAAGGUAUUUUCCCCAGUCCUUCCCCAGUCAUGUUCCCAUGAUUGCGACACUGGGGCUUAAUUCUUCAGGAGAGGAUUGUGCAUUAUACUCUGCACCUUUGCAAAACACAGGCAGCAGUCUCUUGUCUCAAGCUGUCUUGCUGUCCUAGGGCUCAGAGUCCUGAAAGUGUUUUGCCAUGUACAGCGGAAAUUUUUUUCUGUGUGCACCCCUCUCCUGGAUACUCUAUGUGAUUGCAUCAUCGUGGCAGCUGGGCCUGAGGAGAAGUCAGUGGAUGGCUAACCCCUGAAUCCUUCUGCUCUGAUGGUGAAGGAGAGGGUGAUCAGAGCCGUCACACCUGUGCCCUGCCCCGCACUGACCACCAUAUUCAGAGCUUCCCAAGCUCUGAGACAAAUUUGGCCCCAUCCCUUCCAUCACCCAUUUUGAGAAGAGAACGCCAGCCCAGGUGGAAGUUACUUGUUCCAGGCGACAUAGUGAGUUCAUGGCAGAUCUGGGGCUGAGAUACCGUCUUCAAGAAUCAUAAUCCUGGGCUCAUCCAGUUACCCUCUGCUCUUAGCAAAUAGUGUUUAUUUUAAUAACUAGAGGAGAAAAAAAAAUAACUGGAGGAGAGAUUGGAGGAAGAUGUGAGAAGUAUUAUCGAAUACCUAUGGGGGAUAUGAAAGGGGGGAGGGGACUGCUUCCAUGUCCCUUAGAGAAAGCACUGGGGCUAAGGAGUGGCAGUUUACAAGGUCAUCAUUUCUGGCCCGAUACCCAGAGAAGCUUUUUACCCCCAAAAUAGAAUGUCCCCAAAUCGUGAUUUCUCAGUCCAUGGAUAUAUUCAAGCAAAGGGCUUAUCUCAAAGGUUCUGGAGAAGCCAUUCCUUCAUUGAGGUGGCAGGAAGAGAGAGCACAAAAGGAGUUCUGAGGUCUUUUCCAAAUCUAUGAUUAUGUGGCCAUUUGUAUUUUUUUUUUUUUACAAUGAGUAUUUUUAAAUUGACUUCUGUGUGUUCUAUUGGAUCAUGAAAGCUGGCCUUGUCAAAAGUCCGGCGGCUCUCAGCCUGCAAGUGGCUGCCAUUUCCUACUUGUUCCAAGAGUAUCCAACACACAAUGACUGUUUGAUCUUGACCAAUAGAGAAUGUUAUGGAAAUCUACAACCAAUAUGAUCUGCAGAGUUUACCUACUCCAAGUUACAUCAUUUUAAUGAUGAAGAAACCCGGGCUUGGGAAGAUGAGAUAAUCAGUCCAAUGUCAGCCAGUAGCGAGUAGCAGCGCUGAGACUAGAACUCAUAGCUCCCAACACCCAGCCCAGCAGUCUUUUCAUUUCAUCCAUGAAUCCGUUUUGUUUUGUGUUUUGAACAUUUGUCACAUGAAAACACUUAUCUAGAUCCUGGAGAGCAAGACAAGAAGGAACAUGAUAGGCAAGACCCACUCUCCUGUUGUGAACAUUCAGGAGGAGGGAGAAACACGAUGUUGAACAAAUAAGGUAGCUGAACUUACUCAGAUGACUUUGUUCAUAAAGUCGGUAAAAUAUGUAACUGCCCCCGCUUUUGUUCCAGGGGUAUACAGAAUGAACAAAUGUAGGUAUUUAUGUGGUUUUACUGAUAAACCCCGAGCGCUUUCAUUGAUUCUAUGUUUUAUGUUAAAACGUCACGAUCCCAAGGUAAAGUGCAUAUUGUAUGAGUUGGAUACUGGUAACUGGUAAUCAUCUUAUGUCUUCGGGCACUACUGUGUGAAUUCUAAUCACUGUGAAAGAAAUGUAUGUGUUAAUGUAUUUAACAGAUGUAACUUAAUCGGCACAGAAAGCUGCAGAAACUUAAUAAUUAGGUCGAUUCUUUUGUGAAUCUGUUCAUUUCAUUUUCUUUCCAGAUGAAGAUCUAAGGAUAAGAUCUUGGGAUUUUUUUUUUAAUGCACCUAAUUCUCCAUGUACU